GUUGUCGCUUGCGGUGCAGAUGCCGAGCGCUGGACCAAUCGCUUUCGAGGGAAAAUGUGAGCGCAAGGAAUUCCCCACACAGUGAAAACAGUGAAACCUUAUGUUAGGCAAAAGAAAGCUCGUCCAGGGCUUCAAAACAAUGCGCUUUUAGGAGAUUUCGUCUUUGGCAAAGAGGAUAAAGUCACUUCGUUUCAUUAGGACGCAAGACGAGGAUUCGGAUAAUAACAGGAAUUGUUUCAUUGAAAUAAAACUCACCUCACGUUAACCUUUAAACCUGAAGAUCAUGGAGAGUACGACGAAGGUUUAGAUGCCCCAGACACAGCUGGAGCGAGAAAACGCCUCCUCCAUCACACGGCCGCCAUCGCUCUGAGUCCUCUGCCAUCCUGUCCGUCAUCUGGAGGGGGAAAAAAGUCAUCAGCUUGCAGGAGCAAAAAGGGGAGCUCUGUUUUUAACCUAACAGUGGCUCUCAUUUUGUGAAAGCAGCAGACUAGCUUAGUGUUCGUGCCUCAGAGUGUGGUGUGGUGUGGAGCGAAGCGGUCCGGGGAGUGCGUGGAGGGGUAGGAACCCUCUGCCUGUGAGCCUGUGUCCUACCCUCUCUCUCUCCCAAAAACACCAUGACCACUGUGGUCCAGGCCAACGAGCUUGUCUUUGAGUUCGCCAGCAAUGGGAUGGAUGAAAUCAAUCAGCUGGACGACCCUUCGGUGUUUCCAGCGGUGAUCGUGGAGCAGGUGCCCGCCGCCGACCUCAUGCAGGUGUACUCUGGGCUGGAGGCAGACGAGGUGACUAAUGGCAUCAUGGUGGACGCCAUUCAGGACGUGGUGGAAGAGAACAUGAUGGGAGAUGUGGGGCUGUCUGUAGAGACCCCAGUGUCAGGCGCAGAGGACAACAUGGAGACCAUUGAGGCGGCUGAAGCCCUGCUGAACAUGGAAUCUCCCAAUAACAUCCUGGAUGAGAAGCGCAUGAUUCACACAUAUGGGAAUAUCCUGGAAACAGACCUGAGCUACAUCUCCCUCCGUCCAGAGCAUCUUUCAAAUGGCAUGGAUGUUACCCGGGAUGACGAGACGUCCUCUUUGGAUGAACUCCCUCAGAAAAACCUUUCCAAGCCUGCCAGGAAAACCAAAGUGCGCAAACCAAGACCAGCACGGCCAUGCUCUCCAAUAACCAAUCCAUCUCUCCCGCUGAAGAAGAAGAGCAAAGAGGGCAAAGGUAACACCAUCUACCUGUGGGAGUUCCUGCUGGCCUUGCUGCAAGACAAAAACACCUGUCCCAAAUACAUCAAGUGGACGCAGAGAGAGAAGGGCAUUUUUAAGCUGGUGGACUCCAAGGCUGUCUCCAAACUGUGGGGAAAGCAAAACAAGCCUGAUAUGAACUACGAAACCAUGGGGCGAGCACUCAGGUACUAUUACCAGAGGGGUAUAUUGGCCAAAGUGGAAGGACAGAGGCUUGUGUACCAGUUUAAGGAGAUGCCCACAGAUCUGGUCAUUAUCGAUGAAGAUGACGGUCAAGGGGACGAUGGUGGUACGGGUUACGGAGGGCACCGGGCUGCUUCUCACGGACGGGCGGUGGGCCGUGGUUCAUCACGUUCGCAGGGGAGGAAUACGCAGGUGAAGACAGUGAAGAGAGAGAUGAGUCCCGGUCUGAACAGCAGGAACGGAAAACAAGCCGAACAGCUUCUGCAGACGGUUCAUGUCCUCCAGCCAAAUCAAGGAGCUGCUGUCCCAGCGCCGACACACUCCGUAAGGACUAUAAAUAUGCCAGGAUCUGUUCCCAUGGUCCUCACGUCAGGAGCUCAAGGAGGAGGUCCGAUGACCCUGCAGACCCUGCCACUGUCUUCUGUCCUGACCAACGGGGAUUCCUCCACUCACGCCUCCCCGCCGCGGGUCAUCCUCCACACCGUGCCUUCCACCAGCCCUGGAGGUAAAGAUGUGCUCACCAUCCAGACGGCCUCUCUGACCACAGACAGCCUCCACUCUCAGCAGCUCCUGGUGUCCACUUUAAGCUCCUCCAGCGGAGGCGUUAUCAGCACCACACCACAGCAAACCGCAUCUCUGAACGGCAUCACCCGCCUGGUCACCCUCAAUGCCAACGGGCAGCCCGUCGUGGCUCAACAACCCGGCACGGUCAUUGCCACUGUCCUGAAGCCCAGUGAGUUUCAAAGCCUGCAAGUGAAGGAGGAGAUCAGCGAUCCUCAAUACCUCCAAUCGCUGGUCAACAACAAUCCCAGCUUGGCUUCUUUCUGCAAGGAUGAGAUUGUGGACGGAAUGGCUGAGAUGAGUUACAGAACUGUGAUCAUCAACACUGCAGGACAGGAGCUCAGCCAGAGCCUCAACGGACACUCACAGCUGGCCAGCAGCCCCAGUGAAGGCCUCACCCCAGUGGAGGAGCUGGAAGUGCGGGGAGAAGUGGCUCUGCAUCCAGAGCCUGAGGCCAAGGAGCUUUUGGAGAGCUCUCAAGGUCUGCAGGAGCUCCCGGUCACCAUGCAGAUCCCCGCAUCCCACUUCAUCCAGGUAAAAGCCGAGCCCACUGAGACCUAAACCAUCAGCGCAAGAAUGUGGACACAAUCGACCAACAUAUUGAGAAGAAAAACAGAAUUUUAUUUCAGUGGAGCAGAUUAUGUGUAAUUUAUUGCUCUUGAUUGUUUAGAAAGAGGCGCUGCCUGGAAGACUGUUUACUUAAACGUUUUUUUUGUGCCUAAAUUCGAACCUUAAGGGAUAUCAAGCAAGAUGUCACGACGAAAGCUCUUCGGUUUGCUCUCCGUUAAACUUCCAACAGGAGAGCAGCCAUUCUUUACCCAGGGAUAUUCCCACCGUAUGUGCCAGUUGAGAUGCUUCUGCCUCUUCUCAUCUCCAACGACAAACCAAACAAAUAAACAGAGGGACCAAAGGAAGAGUUGGUGGGAAGCCAAAAUGAAACCAACAACGCGCCAUUGACUUUACGAGAAAAACACACACACAGUUGAUUGUCACACACAAGAUGGAAGAGCAUUUGACUUGUUUUUUAUUCCACAUGUAGCCAUUUUAGUGGACUUCAAAAGGACGCCUUUUGGAAAGAGAGAGUUCCUAGGUGGUUAAUGCUUUGUUUUGGAAAGGAUGCUUUUGAAGGGGAAGAUUAUAUGAUUCACUCUGUUUUUAAUAUGAAAUUAUGACAUUAUCUCAUCCCUCUCAUACCGUCAGUAACGACAAGGCCAUUAUUUUUCCAUCACACAUGAAUUUAAAAGCACUGCGCUUUUUAUGGAAAUGGGCAUUGCCUGUCCAACGAGACAGAUCUAGGAGACUUUGUUUGUAUAUAGCACCAGACUAGAGAAUAUAGUGACAGUUUCCAAAAUCAUCUGCUAAAGUAUUUCCCCAUUAUAAUCUUGUUCAUAUGAAAAGGAACUCAGUAUAUAUAUAUAUAUCUAAAUAUAUAUAUAUAUAUAAAUAUAUAUAUAAAAUAUACAACUGAGAUUCGAUUUAUGGCCACAAAUUUAUUUAUUUUCUGAAUUUCAAAUUUCUGUAUAAAAGACUUUGUUAAACGACACAAAUAUGAGGGAAAAUAUGCAGUAUGUAGAGCUACAGUCAUUUAACCCAUAAGAACCCAUUGUGCGUGUUUAUUGCAAGCUGUAUUUUUCCAGUUUAAAGCAUUCCAUGUAAUCCUUUCAUAUUUUAUCUAUUUUUCAAUAUAAGGGGAUCCGAACAUACAGUAGCUUUAUGAGAUUGAGCUAUCGCGCUGUUCUUACUGUGAUGUGUUGUUUAAAGCCAUUUUUUUACAGAUCGUAUGUGCUAGAAUGUGCUUCUGUCUUUAAGCUGUCAUACUUUUACCCUGCGAUGAACGCAUAUCGUUCAAUCGAUGCCUUACAUGACUGUUUUUCAGAUCACCGACGGUCUCGGGCACAGAUUUUUCUGUCUGAGACAUUUAGCUAGAUAGUUCAAAUGUAUUUAUUUGUAGUUGACGUGUCUGUCCAUUCUUCAACUCAUUUAUAUCCAAUAAAUCCAGUUCCGUAACAGAAGCAUCUGCACAAGUAAACCGAGCGGACGGUGCAGCCAUGUUUAUCUGAAGCUAAAUUUGUGCUAAACUGCACUGAAGUUCUAGGUCUAAAUGUAGACGCUCCCAGACGCUGAUCAUAGUAAUCUUUAAUUAUUUUUGACUAACACCAAAUCUCUGGUGCUGCUCUGACAAUCAUAGCUGUAUUUUGUACUAUGCAUCAAGAGACAAUCGGUAAGAUCAUUCAUAAUAGAAGAAAGAUGUCCUUCUGGCCACCGUGUGAUCUUCAAACCUGGUUUGGGUUUGAAAUGUUGUUUUUGACUGCAAGCUUUACGCUUUGUAGGUUUUGGGGUAAAAGUAUGCAAGUGCUAACCCAAUAAUUUCAGCUUGCCUUUUCUUGGGGCUUUUCUUUAUUUCCAGUUGUCUUUUAGUAGAGUAGAGUUUUGUUUUCUAUAAAAAGAAAAAGUGACCCAAAGAAUAAAAAAAAGAUAUACUGUAAUAAAACCAACUUUGCCUUAACGCAAA